CUCAUGUCCAUGAUGGACAAGUACAAGACAAAGCACUACAAGAUGCACACCGGAGUAAAAAAGGAGUUGAUCUUUCUCUUCUAUUACAAGUAGGUAAAAGUCAACAACACGUAGGAGCAGCUGGUGCGAGCAGCCGAGAUGAAGAUCCACCACCGGUUCAUGCUGGUAUGGCCGUACGACCCGGUGCGCCUGCCGUAACCUAUAGCGUGACAGCAGAUUUGGAGGAAGAUGGUUGGAUCUUCAAGGACAUAACAGAUGCAAAGUCUUUCGAGAAGUCAUUUAUGGCACAUUAUUGUUACUAGUGACCCUGGAGACUUUGGAGGUCUGAGUGGUCCGAAUGUUAUUGAGUGCAUCGCCACAAAUUCAAAUUCAAUGUGAAGUAGAAACGAAGAAAAGCGAAUGAGAUCCCCAUCAACUACUCCACUAGAUCGAUCUGCAUAGUACACCCUGAAAGAGUCUGCUCUCGAAUCUUUCUCUGUCCAUCGAUCGGGCUCGGACCUGAAUACCUUGAAGACCCUGAAUCCUGAGUCCACACCCUGUAGUUGAAUCUACGUUCAUCCUUCCCGGUCCAUCAGACAGCAAUUAUUUCGAGUACUUUGAGUGUCAGGACGCCAAAGGAUGGGGCGGGAGAGGAGGCGCUGGUGCGUCUGGCGCUAUCUACCGUGAAAUUCCUCUGGAGGAGGCGGGAAGCGGCGUGCCACUUUUUAUGAUAGGAAGUUGUGCGUUUCCGUUUACUUUCACUUUCUCUUAUAUCCAAACAGCUUCAAUUUCAAAAGCAAAAUAUCUUCACCUUCUUGUGUCAUAGCAUUUCUACUUGACGAGUUUCAUGUUCAUCUAAGGUUGACAACGAGAUGACUUCCACUUCCCUACUAUCAUUUGCGGAAAAGAUGCAUACAGUUAUACAGAUAGAUAUUGGCAGCUUCUUCCUCAACUACGAACAUGUCUUAGUCUAAGUACUUGCACUCUACUUCUGCCCUCACUCUCUAACCUUCCCUACGUCGACGUGACAUUUGGUGUCUGUCGAUACGACUCGGAUCCUACGAAGGGAGUGGCUCUUUACGUUGGACCUAACGUGGAUGCACCCGACAACGACCCUCGAUGGCUUAGCAUCCUCAAAGUGCCAAAUCCGGUGAAUAAACAUACCAAAGUGGUGACCCAGAGGAUUUCUGUUUAUGUUCUCAACUUCUAUAGUCAGCCACAGCCUCAUGAUACUAAAUCAGUUUUUCGACAUUCCUGAUCCUGUCUGAUUUACUUGAACUACUAAGGUGGUGCAGUUUAUUUUUUGUAUUCAUCUACUUCGUGUUGAUCAGGACUCUGCGCUUCUGCAAGCGGACUCAGGAGUUGCUCUACCUUCUACGUCUAAGUUUCUCAAUUUUUUUGUGAUAUGUCGUCUUACGAGUACGAUCAGACUAGAACAGCUUACAUAAUUUCACUUUUCCUACCUUCAUACUUACGACCGCUUUCGGAACCGGCCAUGGUUGAGGAUACAGGAAACUGGCAGCAAUGUUCUUCUUCUCCGGUCUCUUGCUAUAGUCUUCGAUGGAGGUACUACUAUUUUACUUUUUAUUAUUGGUCAUCUGAGCCACCUGAUGCUGACCUCUCCGGGCUUGUGUGUCCGAAAAGUCCCAGGCCCACCUAGUUCGGAGUCAAAGCAACCCAGCACAAACCACAAAAAAGCACGCACCUGCUCAAAAAGUUUAUUAAGCCCCAAGCGCUUCGCCUCCAUUGCGCUACGGCGGGCCCUGAGUGGUGAGCAGGCGGAACACUGCGCAACGGAGCAGCCGGGGGAAUUAGAGACGGCCCGAGCUGGAGGUACAGGACAGCCCAGACCCCUCCGCACCCCUUCAUCGUCUCCUCCAGUGAUGCCUGCUCGGUAGCGCCGACUGGCAACAAGUUUAUGACCGGCUCGCCUUCGGCCACUCCUCCUCGGCAUGGAGAUGCCGCAGGCAAGACGUUGCGGGGCCAGCCGUCGAACCUGCUUAGCUCGGUCGCGAAGCGACCCGCGGGGAGAAAAUUUGAGGCAAAAGGGGCGCGGAAGGCGGGGCGCAUUGUGCCCCAGCUCCUUGGCACGCGCCGCAGGGCGCUCGGUAAUUAGGUGCAGCUUGCGUAGGCAAAACACUGGGGCACGCGCUGCGCCGGAAACUCGUGGACAAUUAGGCGCAGGCUGCUGCAGAGUCUUCGUCUGCAAAAGUGAGAGCAGCACGCAGUGCAAACGCAUCGCAAGGAGGCGCGGCACCUUGACAGGAGGGGGAGGGAGCUCUGGGGGCGUCGGGCUUUUGCUGUCGUGUUGCUUGAACCUAGUAGAGGCGACGCAAAGUAUUGCCAUAGAUAAUACCGCGAGGCACGCCUGUGCGGCCGAUCUGGUUUUGCAAGCACGCAGUGCCUCAGUAUGCACCAGCUGCGCCUUUGCAAGCGUCGGGUGAGUAGCGUGGGAGAUGGCGGCUGCUUGGGAGUUGGAAACGCAGGGCGACGGGCUUCCGCUGUUUUCCAGGGAACGAGGAUGGGGCCGCAUGCACCCCGGCGGCCCCUCUGGUGACUGGGGGGUGCGGGUGGUUUGUGCAUAUUAUGUUCGCCCCCCUUUUCUUAUUCUGUGGGAUUUCCCCUAUUUGUCGAUCUUGGGCACUCAAGUCCUCGGGCUUGCCGCUACUUCGUCGGACUGAUUGCAGGCUCGCGCCGACGGUUUGCCCUCCGUGAGUCUUGGCCUCUGGCUUUCGGUUUUUCACUUGCAUACUUUGUCGCCCCCGUUGCUUUCGCGUGUGUGCUUAGGUUGGUUCAACGCUCCCUCAGCUUAACUUCUGAGCGCUCCUUCAGGCAAGCACGCUGCUGUGUCUUGCCGAUGAUUCGUCGAGAAGAUGUAACUAUUUGAGACGCAUCCGCACCCACGAACGUUGAAGUUGAGAGAUGACAACAACUAAAAUGACUCAAUUUUCUUUCCUCACCUACAUCUAUCUUCAGCACACGAAUUGCAAGAAGCACCUAGCCAGGAGGUUCUAUGUCCCGAGGGCUUUGAUCUCGAGUGGCAUAAUGGGGAGCCCACUGUCGCUGACGUCUGUAGAAAAGCGGAAAUACUCCGUACUGAUGAAGAUCUUCGAUGUUUUUAUUCUUUUUCAGCCACCACGUAUUUUUCUCUCCCAAGAAAUGUAAUUAUCUACUUGAGUGCUACUGUAGUAUCAAGUUCGAAAUAAGUUAUCACUUGCUAAAACUACCGCGAACAAUAACAAUAAUAUCUUGUCUUCUACUACAAUUCAAAGCAAAAAGUAGAAGAGCUGCUCAACAUCGUAAUUGUAAUUGGACCAAAAUAAAGUAAAUCUUCUAAAUCUAAAUCUACUUCUUCAUCCUUCCACCACAACCACAUCAGCCACCGUUGCGAGUAGGGAAUGCGGUAUGUCAGGGAAGAAGGCGAGCGGGACACAAUUGAUCAGUGUCAAUUCUGCCGUAGACGCUUGCGAUUGUCAGACAGAGUGCCUGUUGAAUCCUGGAUGUGAAUCUUGGCAUUUUUAUAUGGAGCAAGUCGGCACCAAUAUCGAACCGAAGAAAGCGCCCAGAUGCCAAUUGAAAAGUAUGGCUAGACUAAUGCUAAUCGUACUAGUACUCGGAAGCACAAGCUGCUGUCUUCGAUGAUUAUAAGGAGUACUACUACUACACAAGACAAAAAAAUAGAUAAAGAGACCUUUACCUGUAGAACUAAUGAGACUCUAAUUAGACUAAACUCUGUAAGUGUUAGUGUAAUGAGACUCUAAUUAGACUACACUCUAUUAGCCUCUAAUGAGUAUGAGACCUUCUGCAGAAAAAAAGCUCUAACAUAAGUGACGACGCGAUUGCGGAUCUACUUUAUUCAUCAGUCAUAGAUUGAUGCUCUCCAUCUCUCUAGCAUAUCGUGUCGUCACCUCCUAGGUUAGAGAAUGGUUGGAUGAGAUAAGUGACGACACAGACACUCCACUGUCCUCUAACAUAAGUGACGACGCGAUUGCGGACGGUGGUGACCACGACGACGAGUUUGCUGGAAAAAGGGGAGUUGGUGCUCCUGCGUCGGCAGUGGAAGCACCUAGAGGCUGCUCCGCGAUUGGGACAGAAAUGGACGCACAUACAGGCGGCGCAGUCAUGAGAGAUGAUCGUAGCAAGAUAUGCAGAGCAGAGAAAGGAAUUUAUGAGAUGAAACUACUGAGAGGGAUUCAUAGUAUGAGUAAGAGUUUAUGAGAUGAAACUGAAAGGGAUUAAUGUUGAUAUUAUGUUGAGUAAGAGUAACAGCUGUGUCUUCAUGAACACAUCAUGCUUUUGUCGUUCUUGUGUUACCUCUGAUUUCUCUGUAGAAGUAAGAGUAAAAGUAUCUUCAUGACCACAUCGACGUCAUGCUUUUGCCGGUCCUGUUUUACCUGUUACUUCAUCUUUCUAGCGUAAAAGGAUCUCCAUUGAAAUUAUGAGUUACUGUAAAAAGACGGUGUAAUUACUAACUUGUUAACCUUUUCGCUGCAGCUUCUCUUGGUAAUAAAUUCAGAAUUACUUCUAGUAACUAAGUAGGAAAAGCCACGACGACUGCCAUCACGACCCUUCUUUUUCAUUCCUCGGUUCCUUUCGGCGCAUGUUGGAGUGGAUAUCAGUUACUUGCGAACACUGCGAAGCCUGAUAGAGGAGAUCUGUGCCGCAAAUAUGCGCCUUUUCAAGAGGAAGAUGCCAGCUUUGGACAUUUGCAUGCGCCGUUCGGGUGUAAAAAGAUUGAUUUGCCACCAUACUUCGUAAUGCUCAACGAAGAAACGCAGCCCUGCAGAGUUGCACAAGUUGUUAUGAAGGAUAAUCUUGAUAGUGACACUACCACGACUACAUAGUUAUUUCAGUUUCUUUUUAACAGCUAGAAGUAGUACAACUACAAGUACAAACAUAUACCUACAGUUACUAGACUGUUGCCCUUACAGUGGGUAGCACAUGUUGUCAAGGAUUCAUGGGAUGAGCAGGGCUCGUGGUUGGGUUUAGAAGUACUACAAGUAGAUGGACCAUAACAUGGAUCAGGGAGUGUGCAUAAUUUCUCCCGGCCAUCAGCUUCACUUUCGACACCUUCAUACUCAUACAUCUUCAUCUAAUAGGCCAGGUUUGUUGCCAGGCGAUGGCUCUUGCACCAUGCGCGGAUACGCUUUGCGGCGAGGAAAGUCCGGGACAGAAGGCGAUCUCUGUUACAAAGUUGUCCUAGCAGCAGGUGGAGGACCUUCAGGUGCGGGAGGUGGAGGAGGAACAGGAGGUGGAGGAAGUAAUCUGUUGUUCACGGAAAAGCAGAAUCUUGGAGGUACUGAAAAGCAGGGUCUUCAAGGAGGAAGAGGAUCAGCGAGUACUAUAAGUCGAAAAGCUGCACAGCAGGGUCCUCUGUCAAAGGAUCUGACCAGCCUCAUGCAUGAAAUGGAUCAGGAACAGGAUAAAGGCAGUAGCACUAAAGGAGAAGACUCGAGCAGUACUAGAGGAGAAGACCCUGAUUCUCUUCAUACAUCAGGAGAACAAGGGAAAAAUGGGCAAAGGCUGCAUCAAGAUGAAGAUGAUUAUACAAAAGGUGUAGGAGGUGACGGUGAGGCGGGAGAGCUGCCUAGUAGAAAUCGUGAGCAAGAAUUGGACAAGGACAAGAACAACAAGGGUAAACUACUUGAAGUUGUCAUCAAUAAACAUGAUAACGCUCCUGCAGCAGAUGGAUCUUCUUCAAAACGCUCUUUUUCGCUGCAAGAUGCAGAACAUGCAAGUUCACAACCAAAACAAGAACUCAUAGACGUGUCACAAAAAGAACAAGAACAACAAGGUCAUCAAGAAAGUGAACAGCUUCAUGCGUCUGAAAAGAAGCAAGCCACGUCUGCAUCUGCGAAGACGAGAAGAAAGAGAAGAAAACAACACAAGCAAGAUCCUUUACCUCCUGGGCCACUAGUGCCUCCUUUUGGCUGUGCCCUAUCACCAGCAACAAACACAGACGAAUCGCCUUUAGCCGGGACUAUGGUGAUGUUAAGAAUCUAGGUUGAUAUAAUCAUGAUAUCAUUAAAAAUUAUUUGUUAAUCUUCUGAGGUUAGCAAGGCGUGAUGUGUUCUACUUUCGCUGUGCGUAUCAGGGUUUGAUAGCUAAUCGUCUUCAUCAUAGAAGAGAAGAAAUACCUUGCUCCAUGAGAAUCUCAAUCUUUUUAGUCGAUUAGCGGGGUUCUUGUAAGUAGAUAUGGAUAUUGAAUCAUCUAGGAUCAUCGAUCAUUUCCUCAUUUCCAUUUUCAACCUCAUUUCCAUUUUCAACCUGAUUUCCAUUCUGUUGCUAGCCCUUGUUUCUAACCUCCCUCUCCGACCCAAACCAACCUUGUCGAGUCGACAACGUUCCAGCGUCCGGACCAUUGGAUUUUUCUGGCACGUGGGUUGUUUCCACCGCAAAAGCUGGACCUGCUUCCCCAUUUCAUGUUUCUGUGGUUAAGGCUUUUCUACUUGGAAUACGAGUAUUACUCGGAAUACUCGGCUACUUAAGUUGUCUUACUUAGAUAGUGGUCUAAGCGUAAACUUGGAAUACUCGUCUAAGUUGUCUUACUUAGUUAGUGGUCUAAGCGUAAGCGUGCGGUAUCUAAAUCUAAAAAUGAUCCUUCCACUCGUCUCGCUUUCUCAUUUACCAUCAACGGAUUGUCAAUAGUGAAGAUGAACAUCACAAGAUCGUAGCUCAUCUAGAAGCAAGCAUCCUUCCCAGUAGCUGCCUUGUGCCCCCACAUCUUCUAAGAUCUUCCCAGUAGCCGCCUUGUACCAGAAUGAGCUUGCGUUUGAAGCAGGAACCUCUUGGAAGUGGACAUUUAGGGAUAAUGCUGUCCGCAAUGAAUACAGCGAAAAGAGCUGUUUCUUCAUGCGGCAAGAGAUCAUUGCGAACUCCAACAGCGCUGGGGCAUUAGCUUCGACGGAAACGUUGAUGACGGUGAAUAUUUUAUGGCAAAAAGUAGCCAGAGGGUUUAGGAUUUGUUAUAAUUGUGAUGAUGAAGAUGAAGAAGAAGAUGUUGUGGAAACAAGGAAUUAGGAGUACUUAUUUUCGAGAACGAAGAGUCGUGAACUUCUUUAUCAUCGUGUUUUUGUGUUCGACCUAGAACUUCAUCACAUUCACAUCAACGAAAAAACAUUCAUUGAAACUACUCUUCCAUUAUUCUCAUUUUCUCAUUCACCAUCUUGUUCCUUGUUGAUGAAGAUCCUGUUGUAGUACUUCCUCCUUCAUACGCCACCGGACCCGCAACAGUUUACCUAGACCAUUUCGCAGGUUUCGCGAAAAAUAUCUCAACGCAAGUUUCUGGGGAUCCUGUACAGGGAGAGGAGCAGCUGAGUGCCGGUCUUUUUAGUUGGGCCAAUUGGCAGAGAUGGUCCAGGUCUUCCGGCAAGACGAGUCUUAGAUUGUCAAAGACAACAGCUCCAGGAGCUGUGCAGUUGGAACUGGGAGGUGAAUUAUGGCUGGACCAUGGUUGUUGGGAGAGAGAAGUUGUAAACAGAAGAGGCAUGAGCAUGAUGUUGUGAGAUCCCCUGAUACUCAAUAUAUAAACCUUUUUCUCAUGAUGGCAGUCGUGUCUUCAGCGCCUUCUUCAUGAUCAGGUCGUGUACUGUUGUUUUUUUGUACUAUCUGUUAACGUUAUUAACGUAGAUUUUUUGCUACAUCCAAUCCUUCCAUUAAUAGAAGACUUUAUCUUUAUGUGUUGAUUUCACAAGCACCCUUUGAGAUUGAUAUAGUCCUGCUCGCUCCACUUCUAAUCCCCUCCAAAGGCGUAGUCUACGAAAGCACUUUUCAUGGUCCUGGCCAAAUAGAACUCAAAGGCACGAAUUCGCAGCUGGGUCCGCCUCUAGUCUUCGUUUGCCCUGCAGCAGCGAGAAGUGGAGGCGCAACACUGACACCAGCGGAUCCUGCUUCUAUAGUAUCCAGAAGCUACAGCUUUUGGGAAGAGCUGUCCAGAGAUGGAUGGCGGAAAUUGUUAUGGAGAAGUCCAAGUCCAAGAAGUCGAAGUCCAAGUAAAUAGUCCAACUCCAACAUUGAUUCUUCUAAAGUCGUUAAUACUGCGUCCGAGCGUGUAGUUGUAGUACGUAGUACAUAAUGUGGCUCGAUUCCUACUCUUGCUAGUAAAAAGCUUGUCUUCAUGCUGGUAGUGGUCGCAGAUUUUUCAGUCACACACAAUAAAUCGUCUCAUCAUCUGCUCUAUUAAUAAUUUUUACAAUCUGGCGCUCUAGCUCUUCUAAUCUCCACAAAUUUCGAAGCCAAAUCUCGAGGAAGCAUGACGCUAACCGAGAGCACAACCGAUCGAUUCCAUUACCCUAUUGCCUCUACCAGUGCCAGUGCAGAUGCAAGUGCCAAGACAGAGAGCAGCUGCGGUUUUGUAGGAUGGGGCGGCGUCAGCUUUGGAGGAGAAGGCGGGGUGAUGAUAGAAAGAAAGAUCCCAACUAUCGUUAAGGCUUUGGACGAUGGUGACUGAGAUGAGUUGCUUGAUUACUCAUGGUCAUGUUGUAGGUCUCGAUCUAGUACUUAUCUAAUUUAGACCCAACGACUGGAGCCUCGUUGGCGCAAGUCGAAAUUAGUUUCGGCUAUUGCACGACGUCGCAAGCAGUCGUAGCUACCGGUGGAGCUUUUAUCGACGUAGGUGGGGAGAAAAGGACGACUGCGGAAAGUGCAACCAUGUUGAGCUUAGUGGAAGGAAAAGGUGGUUAUAGCAGCGCCAGCGGUAGAUUUGUAUCUGCUUCUGAAAUGAGUAGAGGUGGGAGUAGCAGAGCUUCAUAUUCAACGGAAGUAGGAGAAGUUGCAGUACAUCGAGUGAGAAUAAAGCAAGAUGAAAUUCUUCUUGAUACAAGUACAACAACACGACGAGAGCGAGAACAUCUUCAAGACGAAGACAGGCAAGAAAUAGAAGCGCACUCGUCUUCCUCGUCGAGCGCACUAGAAGAUGACGGAAGCAGCAUGAGUCACGACAUCAGUCUAUUGCACCAAGCCACCGAGUCUGAAACCGAGAGCGCGAUGGGCAUGGCAAGGAAUAUUAAGACUUGAUCAUCAUGCCGCAAUUCAUCUUGAUCUUGACUUUGAAAGGAAUCUCUGACAGCACGUGUUCAAGGGGACGAAAGCACGUCAGAGCUGACUUUCUUUUGUUCCAUGAUUUUCGGUAAGUAGGAGCUCUAAGAAUAAGACAAAGAGUUGGCAGCGCGUGUCAUGGUCGGACUUCCCUGGUAGCAGCAUGCUAAACCCAGUAAUGGAGAAGGAUGAGGCAAAGAACGAACUGAUUUGCGAGGACGAUAGUUUUAGCUUCGAGAAGAGGGGAAAUGAUGCGACGGAGGAUCUUUUUAGGUGGCCAGUAGUCGUUGAUGCAGCGGUGCAGAAAUAGGUCUAGAACUAGAUGUUGUACUAGAAGGAACUUGAGGUAGCAGGUGGUAGUUGGUAGUAGUGGUUAUUUCUGUGAGUAGACCUUCUAGAGGAAAUCCAUGGGACGAUCAUUUUCGUGAGGGGGGAGGACAUACUUACCUUCUAACGAGUGCAAAAGUGCAUGUUUGGGGGAUAUUCUUUGUGCGGCGUUUGCGUUCAGGGAACGCCAGUUUUGUCAUGGUUGCCGAGGACCCCUGCGCAAACCAGCUAAUGACGAUAAGGUGAAAGUUAUGAUGAAGUUGUAGAAGGAGUUGCAGUUGCUGUAUGUGUAGGCUUAAGUAGUUGAAGCAUGAUUCGAGGAAUAACGGAGGUAUUGCCGCAAUUUAUUACUUGCUUCAUCUGCUUCUAAGUCCUGCUACGUGAAGAAAAAGACACGAGAGCGAAAGCUGUUACAGGCAGUGCGGAACCAAGUGCCAGCUACAAGAACGAUCCGGUUGCCGGGAUCUCUGUUUCACGACUCUAGGAAGGCCUUGCUCGCAGGCGAAACUUAUCUGCGAAUAGGAGCGAUGACAGGUGAAGUGAGUGGGGCGUUUAUGGUUGUGCAGCUGACUCACUAAUGCAGCUUUUUUAGUUGACCUUAUUACAGAUGAGCUUUUGCUCAAGAUGAAAAUGAAUCGAGCAGGACAUCGCUGCAGUAGUUUUACAUCCGAUCAUAGUACCAACGCCGAGGAAAUUGAGCAGAGAAGUAAUAAGUACUCGGUAUACACAAACACAUUAAAAGAUAAUAGAGUAGACUGUUGUUCUUCUUGCUGUGAAUGGUUCAUCACCUCCAUUAGAAGUACGUCCUUACUAUCUCGUCUAACGACCCUACCACCCAAACGCCGACCAUCCUCCUCCUGCGCGAGCUAAAGCUUGUGUAUCGACCAACAGAAGCUCGUGCCUUGGGAGGCGAGGGGAAAUUGAGCGGCUACUCCUUACAAGACCUCGACUGUCGCAAAGCGCAUCACUCAGAAGAGGAAGCUUCAUUUAUGAUGAGGAUGAAAGUCGUCGUCGUGCUCGUGGACACUGGACAGGUCUAGUACGUCUAGAAGCUGUACUGGCUUUAGUACUUGGUUAGUACUAGUUGCACUUAUAAUAGAACACUUCGUAAGAAGGAUGUUGGAUUGCAUGGCAUUGCAUGCAUUGCAUGAGCCGAGGGGGUCAGCGUGCGACCUUCUUAAGGGAGCGACACGGGAAUGAAGACUCAGGGCGCGGCAUAGGAGUACUUGGCUCCGUUGUAGGAGUACUUGAAUAGUGCUGGCACAUGCUAGCUUUUGUAAGUAGCUCGACUGGGCUAGCUUGCCUGUGAUCUCGACCGUCUUGCUCACUGUUCCUUUGCGCACACAGGCCACGGCGUUUGCGCUGCUCCUUGCUUGUUUCUGGGGGCGAGGUCACAGUGGGGCCGUGUUUGUGUUCGUGUAUCGUAGAGCAAUUCUUCGGCGGAGCAGCCCGGUAUUGCGGAGGAAGUAUGGCGCCCGAAGGGCGCCGCGAAAAGUAUAUUGCUUUUUGGGUGGUCCAUCCAUGCAAUGCAUGCCAUCCAUGCCAUGCAAUCCAGAAUCUCGGAGGUUGCCUGAUAUUCUAUUAUAAUGAUGUGAGCACUAGUUGCGCUUACAUAUAUUAGAGAGUUUCGCUUUUUCCAGAUUUCUAAAAUGCAUGUUAGGGAUUGCAUGCAUGGCAGAGGAUGGCACUAUUUAGAAUGAAGAUGCUUCUUCGGGCGCCAUCGUCCGCGCUCACUGUAGUCGUGUUUCACCUUCCAACAGCUUGGGCACAAGCAACUUCGAAGCAUUCGCAUCCAGGCGCAGCAUGCGCAGGCUACAGUCAUAACACCCCCCCCCCCCCAGAGACCACCUCCCCAACGCCGGCAACGCAGAGGACCAUAGAGACGCGCCGUAGCCUGUGUGUGCACGCAAGAAAACUAGCGCACUUGCCGCGCGCCCACUUAAACCUUGCCGGAAACCAAGGCUAGACUGAAAGCCAGACGCCACUGCGUUCCUGUUACUUCUAACGCGGGCCCAUAGCGAAAAAGUAUAAGCAUCAUUAUACUGUAAGCACACCGGUCGCAAGCAUGGCAAUUCCAUCCUGGGGGGCAGUGGGGGACUUCAUAACCUAACACCUUAAGCACUUAUGCCUACCGACCUUUACGCACUUACUUCGGGGCCCGGCUUCUAGUUCUAUCUAGCUGCGAACGUCGUGGCUACUUUGCUGCCUGUCAUCUCCAACGCGGCCAGGCGUCAGGCGCUCUGCGUCCUCCCUGCAGCCAGCUCGAACUGAAAGGGCCUCCGCGCGCGGCCUGACCCCUACGAGAAACGGCCCCCCUAUCCGCGGGCGGGCAGAGCCCAACAAGAUAAGCAAGGGAACGGCCCUCCCGCCCGUGGCCUUGUCAGGCGGGGCGCUGCGUUCAAGCAGAGAAGUGCGCGCUUCCCCUUUAAAAAGGUCACGCUUUCGCUCCGCCUGGCCACGCCAUCCAUGCAAUGCAUUGCAAUCCAUGCAAGCCAUCAUCCAUCUUAGGAGGUGCCCUAAUAUAUUAAAUAUUAUAUAUUGUAUUCCAGGGCGCGGGGCGACGCCCCCCCCCCCCUAGCGGGGGGGGGCCGGGCGCCCUGGACCCCUUUUUGAGGCCUCUGCCGGGGGGGGAAGGCCUCAAAAGGCCCCCCCCACCCCCCCCUGUCCCCUUCCAGGUGCUUGGGGUCCCCUAGAGGCCUCAGACGUAGGUGGAAGGCCUCAAGAGGGCCCCAAGGGAGGCCGCCGCCGGUUCCUCCCAGCUGCUUGGCUGUCCCGCAGAGGCCUCCGACGUAGGUGGAAGGCCUCAAGGGGGGCCAAGGGGCUCGCUGCCUCCUUCUCGUUUGCAUGUACCCGACAGGCUUGAAGGGGUUAGAUGGCAGCAGUGCACCGGCGGAAGGCCUCAAGAGGAGCCCAACCCCAAGUGGCUGCCCCCGCUUCCUCCCAGCUGCUUGGCUGUCUUGUAGAGGCCUUCUCCAAAGGCGGAAGGCCUCAAGAGGAGGCCAAGUGGCUGCCUCCGCUUCCUCCCAGCUGCUUGGCUGUCCCGCAGAGGCCUCCGACGCAGGUGGAAGGCCUCAAGGGGGCCAAGGGGCUUGCUGCCUCCUUCUCGUUUGCGUGUACCCUACAGACCGGAGGGGUCCGAUGGCAGCAGUGCACCGGCAGCGGAAGGCCUCCGAAGACGGCAAAAGGCGAAGGGCUGGACCCCCUGCGCCGUGCCGCUUGAACCCUCCGGGCCCUUGGUCAUCGGCUUGCCUGCGACCGUGGCCCUUCGGAACACGCUGAGAGGCCCAAGGGGAGGAAGGCGCCAAGUUUUGAUGCCUCCCACAACUAGAAUCCGCGAAAAAUCCGCGCGGAAGAGCGCGCGGGCGCGCCACCACAGACCAGACCACAGGGUUGGGGGAGGGGGGCGUGCGGCCCUGGAUCAUAUAUAAGUCGACGGUCAUUGAAGAACUAGAUGUGCUAGGUUGGGCAGCAUCUUCAGCAAGUCGUGAUACGCAAUUUGCUUUAUCAACAGCCAAGUUUUGUCCUCCUCUAACCCUACAUUCUGUUCCAGGGAUCCAGGUUGCUCGAUGAUUUUCGAAGCCGAUGCGGAUAACGUUCCAGUAUGGUAUAUCUGCUACAUUUACCCUGUGCCGGCAGAUGUUGUGAGACAGGUGGAACAAGGGCGAUAG